CUUAUUUUUAACGUACCCCAUUCUUUAUAAUGACCUCCAGUUCUUGAAAAGUAGACAGUCCGAGCUUCCUGAAAUGAGUCAAAAGUCAACUCAGGUCGCCUAAUAAAAUUAUAAGGCACUGUACUACUUGCCCCAGAGUAAAAAAUCAUGCCACAAUUUCAGAUGAAGUCAAGCAUUAAACACAAAAAAGGGUCUCUGAAGACAUCUUUUAAAUAGAUUAUCUUUUUCUCUUUACUUUUUUUUUAUUCGACUAUUAUAAUGGUUACUCCUGAUCUUUCUAUACCAGCUCCACCCACUGCUGUUGACGUCUUGGUCGUCGGUGGUGGUCCCGUUGGCCUGUUGGCUGCUAAUUUAUGUGUUCAAGCUGGACUCGUCGUUCGUAUAUUAGAUAUUGAGUAUGAGCCCAACCACUGGGGAAGAGGUGACUGGAUUCAUGGGCGUACAUUGGAACUUCUUGAAAGAGCAGGUUUGGAAAUCGAAUUGUUAAGAACGGGUGUCAAGGUUGACAAGAUGUCUUCGUACUUGAACGGCAUCCUUCAAAAGGAGAUACCAUUUGUUCCUGAAGAAAUUGAAUCAAAACAUGAAUAUCUCUUGUGUGUUGGUCAACAUAUCACUGAAUCAAGCUUACAAGGUAAACUUUCUCAAUCUGAUGUUCAGGUCGAACGUCCUGCCACUGUGAUGAAGAUGGUUCGUGUGAACGAUGAUCCUGAAUACCCUAUGCGUGCGACUGUGGUGCAUCUUGAAGAAGGAAAGGGCUCUGAGGAGGUCAAGUGUAAAUACAUCUUGGGCUGUGAUGGGGCCCAUAGUGACAUCCGUCGUCAACUCGGCAUCUCAAAUGAAGGAGAGACAACCGAAACACAUGCUGGUGUCUUGGAUGCCUUGAUUCGAACCAACUUUGCAAGUAGAAAAGAAGUAUGUAUCGUCCAAAGUGACCAUGCCAAAACCAUUAGCAUGUUCCCACGUGAAAACGGAUUGACCCGUAUUUUUGUGCACUUUGCGGAAAAUGAACAUGAACAAAGAAAAGAACAAUACAAUAGAAAUAAGAUUCAAGUAGAAGAUAUCCAAAGAGAAGCUAAGCGCGCUCUGUUACCCCAUCGUAUAGAAUUCUUGGGCGUCUUGUAUUGGUCAGUAUAUGUAGUAGGACAGAGGUAUGCAGAGAGAAUUGAUGCGGAAGAUUUAAGAGUCUUUUUAUGUGGCGAUGCUGCUCAUUCACAAAGCCCUACACUUGGUCAGGGUGUCAACACUGGUUUUGGUGAUAUAUUUAAUCUUAUUUGGAAAAUAUGCAUGGUGGAAAAAGGCCAACUGAACAGAAAGUUUUUAUCAACAUAUCAAGCAGAGAGAUGGCCUGUUGCUCAAAAUGUAUUAAAUAUCGAUAAAGUUGCUGCAAAAGCUGCCGCGGGCCAUGAAGCUGCUGAUUACUGUGAUGUAGUUGAAAAACAUCGUGCCUUCACUGCUGGCUUCGGUAUUAAAUAUGAUCCAACGGAUGACAACUUCUUACUCUGGACUCCUUACCCAUCCGAUGAAGAGGCUAGAUUUAGUAAAGAAUACAUGCUGCAGCCUGGUAUGCGUGCACCUAAUUUCAAAGUAUACAGCUAUGCAACUGGUAAAAAGACCCGUGUGUUUGAUGUUGUCGUCAAAGAUGUCAAGCCUUCCGCGCCUUUAUGGUUAACCUUCACACUAUUGGUACUUGCAAGUGAUCUAAGAUCCACAGUAGAAACCGUAUCAGCAUUCUUGAAUGAAACCAGUAAGGCUGCGCAUUCCUUACCACCUAUGAAUGUUGUCGUGGUCACAACAAGCACAGUAGAUCAGAUAUCGGCAUAUAAAGGAUUAUUAGACAGUGAUAGAGUAGUGAUUGACAAACUAAACCAAGCACAGUGCCAUAGAGCUUAUCAUCGCAAGACAAACACGGCAGUAGUUCCUUCUGAUGAACUACAAGUUGUUCUUGUUAGACCUGACGGAUAUAUCGGAACAAUCCUACGUGGCGAUGCAGACGGCAUUACCUUUAGCAAUAGAAUCUCUCAAUACUUUGCUAAUAUUGCUUAGAAGUUGUUUAUAUAAUAAAAUUACACGUUGCAUUACUCUUUACUUGAUUCAAAAGCUGAUAGUCUCAUAAUAUAAAACUUCUCAUGCUUAAAAAGCAUUUAAUGUUUUUAUUGUGGUCUCUGGGUCUGUAUACGUAAAAUUGCCAUGUUUAGCCGUCAUUUUUAAAUAGGUCGGCAAGCAUUUUUCUUGUAUAGCUGCCUCUUAGUGAUUAUUCUGGACACCUCGUAAACAUAUAUUAUUGUAUCUACUGGGAUAUUUGCACAGUAUAUUCAUGAUGAGCUUCUUUCCUGGUACUUUUUGACCUAGUAUUAGAUCAUCUUUUCUCGUUAAAUCCAGUAUGAUUAACUCCCGAGGAGUCAUCAUGAAAACAGCAACGGGUAAUCACGAUCA